AUGCCGCUGAAAUCGGAAAUUGAUCAAGUUCGUGAUCAGCUGGUAUUUGAUUGAUUUUGUUUGAAGAUUGAGAAGAAUUAUCGAAACAUCGGAAACUUCAUCGCUCGGCUUUGUAAUUGCGACGCUCAUUUUUCUUCAAUUAUGGUUAUUUCAAGAAAAAGAUUUUGGGCGUUUCUUCAAGUCAUCUGGAAUAUUUGUGGAUUCAGUCGCAACAAUUGUGGAUUCAGUCGCAACAAUGUGAUUAUGAUUGUCAUUUUGCAAAUCAAGAAUUUUGUCUGGUUUCCAAUAUUAUCAUUGAAUCAUUUGGAUACGCAAAUUUGUUUGCUUUUGAUGAAAAAGAAUCACAAAAAGCUGCCAGGACGUUCAAUCAUCGAAAAAUACCAAAUUCCGGAUCCGAUAUCUUCAACUUCAAAUCGAAAGAAGGCUUUGAAUUUUCCCACAUUUUGA